AUGUCGGAAGUAGUGUCCCGCGCCUUCCGAGCCCACUGCAAAACCAAGCAUGGCUUGAAGGUGACCCUCUUCAAAAAGAAGUCAAUCGACGAGAAAAAGGCCAAGGCACGGCAACGCAAGCAGCAGCGAAAGGCAACGCGUGAAGCGUUGCAAGCGAUGGCUGGCAAGACUUUCCGUCUAAAACAGCGUGCACUAUUUACAUUUGCCGUCGCACGCGUCCGUGGGGCUUACCAUGCAGCGAAUCCAAUCGUGAAGAUCGAUGAUUCGACGGUUCCUGGUGCUGCUCGAGGAUUGUUUGCAAACGUUGAUUUGUCUGCUAGUGACAUUUGCACAGUCUAUGACGGGGAAAAUGUGUACGAAGAGCCAACGGAUCAUGAGUACGCGUGUCAGACCCAGUUGCUGGCCGUGCACUUGGGUCCUUUGUCAAUCGUGAAACUCGCGGGAGGUCGGGGUGUUUGA